CCAUUUUGGAGGAAAGUUUGGAAUUUGUAGCCUAGACCUGGGGAGGUGGAGGAGGAGGAGGGAGGCAGAAGAGGAAGAAAAAGAGCAGGAUUAAAGAGGAAGUAGAAGGAAAAGAGAGGAGGGAUUUAUACGCUCAGAGAAGUUUGACACGAAUGCAGCCUGUGCUGGGAAUAAUACACAUAGGCUAUAAAGUGUGCGUGCCAGUGCGGGUUAAAUCAGUCUGUGCUUGGCACGGCUUGAGUUUAGGUGUGCCACCACCAUGCAGGCUGGACUUUGAAGUUGUUUUCUUAUAUCUGGAAUAAGCAUCACAGCCUGCACAGAAGCAGCACUGCAUGCACCGCCUGGCACUCAGCCGGCACGGAAACUGAGUGUUUUUCACAUGGAGUUUGGCACACGGAAGGUCCCAGUUGGAGAAAUCUAGAUUUUCCACUUUUGUGUCGCCACCCGCGGUCAGCCUGCGCGGUGCACGCCGGGGCAGGGAGCCUCUCUGGCGGGGAAGUACAGAACGGAGAGUCGGUAACGCACCGGAGCUUUUUUUUUUUUCUUCUCUGGACCCUACUCGCUUUCUGUGUUAUUACUUUUAACCGGGGCUCCUGUCUGUGUUUGUAUAAGUAUAAUCGGUGUUGUUAUUGCCGGUGGACGUGUCAGUUUCCCCUGACAGUUAACCGUUAGUUAACGUUAGUUUGUCGGAGGGGAACUUAGUGUCGUCGUGGAGAUAUUUUCUUCGGACUUGGAGCGGUGACAGCGGCUUCAACUGGCGGAAUAAUCGAUACUAGACUGUAGUCCUGUGUGUGUGUGUGAGGACUCGGAGUGUAUGUGUCUAACACAGAAGUAGCUCCAAACCGAGCCGAGCCGAGCCAGACGCUACCAUGCCAGUCAGAAAGAAAGAUGCACAGCGAGCGCUGCUGCUGCUGGAGGAGUACCGGGCCAAGCUGCACCACGCCGAGGACCGGCAGCUCCGACACUCCAUCCAGAGGGUCAUCGACAUCUUCCAGAGCAACCUCUUCCAGGCUCUCAUAGAUAUCCAGGAAUUUUAUGAAGUGACCUUAUUGGACAGUCAGAGAUGGGUGGAGUCUUCCAAGGCGGCGGACCCCAUGGCGCCCGUCCACCUGUGGGACUUCUCCAGCCUUCAAAGCACAACGGUGACCUCGGACACUCUGCCCAGCCUUAGCACCAGCAUCGAGGACUCCCCCCUCCUUAAUGAAAUCCUGCACACGUUGGCGCAGGCCAAACGCCCGCCCGGCCCUGACGGACAAAAGUACAGGCACAACGAUGAGGACUCGUCCCCUCAGGACCAGAGCUCUCCCCAGCUGACGGAGGAGGUGGGGGGGCCGGAGCUGGUCCAGGUAGCCGAGAAGAACCUUUCCCAGAUCGAGAAUGUGCACGGAUACGUCACGCACGCCCACAUCUCGCCCAUGAAGGUAGCAUCUCUGGAGUGCAUCUUUGACGGUUCCUCAGCAUUAGGACAGCAGCACCUCCCGGAGCUCCCCUCCCCUACAUCCUCCACCCUCUAUACCCACGGCGAGGACAGCCCCCUCCCCUCCUGCUCCUCCAACCCUUACCCCCCAAUCCAGGCCAACCCCGCUCCUGUGGUGGUCAACACCGACAGCCUGGACACGCCUCCAUAUGUAAACGGGACGGAGGCUGAUUAUGAGUACGAGGAGAUCACGCUGGAGAGGGGGAAUUCAGGGCUGGGCUUCAGCAUUGCCGGCGGCACAGACAACCCCCACAUCGGCGAAGACCCGAGCAUCUUCAUCACCAAAGUCAUACCUGGAGGAGCCGCGGCUCAGGACGGACGGCUCAGGGUCAACGAUGUCAUCCUCAGAGUUAACGAGGCGGACGUUCGCGACGUGACCCACAGCCGAGCAGUGGAGGCGCUGAAGGAGGCCGGCUCGCUGGUCCGACUCUACGUCCGCCGGAGGAAACCCGUCUCCGAGAAAGUGAUGGAGAUCAAACUGGUGAAAGGACCCAAAGGUCUUGGCUUCAGUAUAGCAGGCGGAGUUGGGAACCAGCACAUCCCGGGUGACAACAGCAUCUAUGUCACCAAGAUCAUAGAGGGAGGAGCUGCACAUAAAGAUGGGAGGCUGCAGAUCGGAGACAAACUGCUGGCUGUGAACAACGCUUGCCUGGAGGAGGUGACUCACGAACACGCCGUCACUGCCUUGAAAAACACUCCUGACGUGGUCUACUUGAAAGUGGCUAAACCCAACAGUGUCUUCAUGAACGACAGCUUCGCCCCGCCCGACCUCACCAACUCGUACUCCCAGCACAUGGAGAACCAUAUCAGCCCCCCCUCCUUCUUGGGUCAGCCUCUCCCCCCGCCAGCGUCCUCAGGACGCUACUCCCCGACCCCGAAGAGCAUGCUGGGAGACGAUGACGUCACCCGGGAGCCGAGGAAGGUGGUGCUGCACAGAGGAGCGACGGGCCUGGGCUUCAACAUCGUGGGCGGGGAGGACGGAGAGGGCAUCUUCAUCUCCUUCAUCCUCGCCGGAGGCCCGGCCGACCUCUGUGGCGAGCUGAGGAAAGGAGACCGACUCGUCUCUGUGAACGGGGUGGACCUCCGUAACGCCACCCACGAGCAGGCAGCCGCCGCCCUGAAGAACGCCGGGCAGACGGUGACCAUCAUCGCCCACUACAGACCAGAGGAGUACAGUCGGUUCGAGGCCAAGAUCCACGACCUGAGAGAGCAGAUGAUGAACAGCAGCAUCAGCUCAGGGUCAGGAUCUCUGCGGACGAGUCAGAAGAGAUCGCUCUACGUCAGAGCUCUGUUUGACUACGAUAAGACCAGAGACUCGGGUCUGCCCAGUCAGGGACUCAACUUCAAGUUCGGAGACAUCCUCCAUGUGGUGAAUGCCUCGGACGACGAGUGGUGGCAGGCCAGACAGCUGACGUCCCAGGGGGAGGCAGAGGAGGUGGGGGUGAUCCCCAGCAAGAGACGGGUGGAGAAGAAGGAGAGAGCGAGAUUAAAGACGGUCAAGUUCAACGCCAAGUCUCGAGACAGAGGGCAGUCUCUCAAUGACAAGCGUAAAAAGAACCUCUUUUCCCGAAAGUUUCCGUUCUACAAGAGCAAAGAUGCGAGCGAGCAGGAGACCAGCGAUAUCGACCAACACGUCACGUCUAAUGCCAGCGAUAGUGAAAGUAGCUACCGUGGACAGGAGGAGUACGUCCUGUCGUAUGAACCCGUUACUCAACAGGAAGUGAACUACACCCGUCCCGUCAUCGUUCUCGGGCCCAUGAAGGAUCGGAUCAACGACGACCUGAUCUCCGAGUUCCCCGACAAGUUCGGAUCCUGCGUCCCUCAUACGACUCGGCCGAAGCGGGACUACGAGGUGGACGGCAGAGACUACCACUUUGUGGUUUCCAGAGAGCAGAUGGAGAAGGACAUCCAGGACCAUAAGUUCAUCGAGGCGGGACAGUACAACAACCACCUGUAUGGAACCAGCGUGCAGUCGGUCCGACAGGUGGCCGAGAAGGGUAAACACUGUAUCCUGGACGUGUCAGGGAACGCCAUCAAGAGACUCCAGCUGGCUCAGCUUCAUCCCAUCGCCGUCUUCAUCAAACCCAAAUCUGUGGAGAACAUCAUGGAGAUGAACAAGCGUUUGACGGAGGAGCAGGGCAGGAAAACCUUCGACAGAGCCACCAAGCUGGAGCAGGAGUUCACCGAGCAUUUCACAGCCGUCGUCCAGGGCGACACGCUGGAGGAGAUCUACGAGCAGGUGAAGCAGAUCAUCGAGGAGCAGUCGGGGCCGUUCAUCUGGGUCCAGUCCAAGGAGAAGUUAUGAGGAUCAAAACUCUGUCCUCUCUUUUAGAUUCACCCGCUUUUAUUUUGAAAAA